GGGUGCGGAAAAAUAAUACUAGAAACAAAGACAAAGUGCGGCGUCGCCUUUUUUUCUCGGAAGUCUUGUCAGGCUGUAGUUAGCAUCGUUAGCCUGUGGCGUUGACAGUUAAAAUGCUACACUGAAUUCAACCCAAAGGCAGCUAAUAAUCUUCGGAUUAUUUAAUAAAGUAUAACAGGUCUUUCUGUCAAAGAAAGAUCGUUAUUGAAGAAGCAGGAUGGACCCUGCACUGCUGCGAGAACGUGAACUCUUCAAGAAGAGAGCUCUGUCCACACCGGCAGUAGAGAAGAGACCAGCAUCCUCUGAAGCUUCUGGCUCCAAGAAAAAGAAGAGCAAACCAGACAAAGAAUCUUCUUCAGGAUCUAAGAACAACGCAGACUCCAGUAAUGGAUCCUUUAAUCUCAAAGCUCUUUCUGGGAGCUCGGGCUACAAAUUCGGGGUCCUGGCACGGAUCGUCAACUACAUGAAGACGAGGCAUCAGAGAGGAGACACUCAUCCCCUAAGCUUGGAGGAGAUUUUAGAUGAGACCAAGCUCUUGGACAUUGGGUUGAAGCAGAAGCAAUGGCUCAUGACUGAGGCCUUGGCUAGCAACCCCAAGAUAGACGUGCGUGACGGAAAAUAUGCCUUUAAACCUAAAUACCAUCUAAAGGACAAGAAAGCGCUGCUCAGAUUGCUGGACAAGCACGAUCAGCAGGGGUUAGGAGGAGUGCUGCUGGAUGAUGUGGAGGAGGGUCUGCCCAAUUCUGCCAAGGCCAUCAAAGCUCUUGGAGAUCAGAUCAUUUUCGUGUCCAGACCUGACAAGAAAAAGAUUCUCUUCUACAACGACAAACACUGUCACUUCGAAGUAGAUGAAGAGUUCCAGAAGUUGUGGCGCAGCGUUCCGGUGGAUUCCAUAGAUGAUGACAAGAUUGAAGAGUACCUGAAGAGACAGGGCAUCUCGUCCAUGCAGGACACAGGGCCAAAGAAAUCUACACCAGUCCAAAAGAGGAAGAAACCGGCAAACCAGAAGAGGAGACGGUUCAAGACUCACAACGAUCAUCUGAACGGUGUUUUGGAAGACUACUCUGACGGAGUCCCCGCUAAGAAGUGACACGUGCUCAGUCGCGUGCGUCCCACACUGGCUGGGAUAAAGACUCGGCAAGCGAAGCUCGACAUCUGUGUGUAUCCACACUCUCAUUUGCCAAAACCACAUGGAGACUAACGGAGGAAAUUCGAAUGUGAAUAAUGCGACUGUAUAUAUUUUCUUUUUUGUGCAAGCGCUUUAACAAGUAUGUUGAAGGCUUUUUUUUUUUUUUUUUUUUUUUUUUAAUUAAAUAAAACUUUAAAAUCCAGUUUGGACUGUUUAAAUCACUUGCUUAUUAUGGGAACGAACUAUGGGUUGUUGAAUGUUGGUAAGUUUUGUGUCAGUUCUUCAUUUCUAUUUAAAUAGACAGUAAUCCAAUCCUGACUCUGGAACUGUGAGGCAGAACUGAAGAAAUGUAUGUAGAUGGUCAGAUAAUUCGAUGGCUUUCUACAGAAGUUCUCCUUUCCUGUCUCAAACUCCAGGGAAUGAAUAUCAUGCUUUAUAUCAUAAACUAUUUUGAAUGUUGUCUUAUUUAUCAUCUCCUACAGCCUCAGAAGGACAUUGUAUGGCUGUACACUCUCUCUCUCUCUCUCUCUCUCUCUCUCUCAGGCAUAUUCAUUAGUCAGAUCUUUUGAUGUCCUCUCACGCUUUUGAAUGUACGCUUUCAUAAACAAAUUAAUUCACUCAGACUCCGUUCAACACACACACUCGUGCUUGUCCUUGGUCUUGAACAUCCAACGGCAAAAAAAAAAUAAAAAUAGCUUAGACAUUAAAAAGCUGAAUUACAGACACCUGA